UUGGUUUGUUGCAUGACUAUUAAGUUACAGUGUGACCAUGACAACACUGAUAAUAUAUUCUUGAUGACGUCAUUGUGUUCUGGAUGACGUCAGCCAAUCACACCUUAUAAACUUAGUCUCGAACCAGCUGAAUUGUUCACUGAGCUCUUCACUCCCACAAGAGACCUGCUGCUCUCUGAGAUGGAGGCUCAAGACUGGAUUGAAUUAUCUAUGAGAGCUUCUUUCUGCUUAACCGGUAUUAUAGGGAACGGUUUGCUGGGUUUACGCUCUCUGCCCAAAUCCAGAUCUCAACUACGCACCGGCGACAUCCUCUUCAUCAACUUGGCCGUAUCAAAUCUGAUCACAAACUGUCUGGUGGAUCUGCCGGAAACAAUGGCACACUUUGUGAAAACCUGGCUUAAGAGUAAAGAAUACUGUGGCGUGACUCAGUUUUCUCAUGAAAUCUCCGAGACCAGCAGCAUCUUCUCCACCAUGUUCAUCAGCAUGUACUGGCACCAGAAACUAGUGGGUUCCACCAGACGUGGAGGAGCUCCGGUGCAGAUGGACAACCUGCGGCUUGUCGCCAUAUUGCUUGGUGGGAGCUGGACCGUAGCGACUGCGUUCAGCCUUCCACACAUUUUUAUAGCAGAGCAUGAUGGGAACGAGAGUUUGGAAGUUUGUGAAGAACUUUUCCCAUCACCUGCAGCCAAGCAGACGUUUGACGGAAUGUACCUCACUCUGGCUAACGUUGUUCCAAUCGUUGGGAUAACUUAUGCAACCAUUCAGAUUGUCAUAACGCUACUCCGGAGUCAAAAACGAAUCAAGGAUCGCUCCAGUGGAACAAAUCCACCACCUUCAUCUGUAGCGCAAAGACUGGAAGGAACCGCAGAACGCAGCAUGGAAGCGUCCUCAGAAAGAUCUCCAAUCUCCAAUAAAAUCUCUACUCAUCAACCAGCACCUCAGAAGACGCAGGUCAGAUCCAAUCCGUCCUCCGGCAACCAUGUGCGGGCGGCCAAAAGCGUGGUGGCGGUGGCCACGAUCUUCAUCUUCUGCUGGUUCACUCACCUCGUGCUCCGCAUCUACAGCAGCUUCAGAAACUCCAUCCUGGCUGUGAAGUUGACCAAUUUUAUAGGAGCAUCUUACGUGUGUUUCGUCCCAUACGUCUACCUGCAUGGGGUGAAGAAACUCAACUGCCCGUGCUGGUAAGGAAUGGUGUGGUUAUUACAAGCUGUGCAUUGUGGGAAAGCAUCGUUGCAUGCACAGUCACCAAAAGAACAUUUAGUCUUAAAGCAACACGAAAUUUUGACUAAUAGAUUUCAACUUGACUUAUAGAAAAUGCUGUCAACAGACAGAAUAAAAUAUAUAUAUUUUCACUAUUUUUUAGGAAUAAAAUGUUAUAUAAACAAGGUGGAAAUAAAAAUGUAAAGUUUGUAAGUGCUACUGAAGUAAAGAAAAAACUCACGGCCUUUAAAGAUAUGUACUGAAAUUGAAAACCAC